AGUACAGCACCACCUUACAGAGACACUUGUAUUCUGCAGAUAAUGGGUUCUUUUUGAAGGGGUGACACUGAGAGCGGGAUUGGAGUCUAACUUGGUGGAUUAUUCGAACUGUAGGAUUCAGGGUCACUGCGGGAAGAAAAUGAGGUCCAAAGACAGUACAGCAGACAGCCCUGUGAAUGAGAUUCUGAUUGUCACCCAAACGUCACAUGACAUCAAAGAGGAAGAGGAUGGAAGAAUAAUGGACAUUGAGAAAAGUAUUAAAGUUAAACUGACAGAAGACGAGGAGAAGACUGGAACUGACAAUGAUGAGAAAUCAGUACAGAAAGAUGGACAUCCGUUUGGCUUGAGGGAUCUGCCUAAAGAUGAUCUUUUUAAAGUGCUGGGGAUCAUGGAAGGAGAGAUUCAGGCCCGGGAAGACGUGAUCCGUCUGCUGCGGUCUGAGCUGUUCAGCCGUCAAGAGAAACUGGAGUCACGCUAUGGCUCGGCAGUACCGAGCAGACCCCUGCAGGCCCUACAGAGAGACGCUGCCCUCAGCAGUGACCAAACACGCCACCACAAUGUUUCUGAAAAGCCAAUGGCUGAGCUGGAUAGAUUACAAGAUAAACACAAGGAGUCGUACCGGCGCAUGCUGGAGCAACUGUUGCUGGCGGAGAAGAGCCACCUGCACACCGUUUAUGAGCUGGAGACUGAGAAACGCAAACACGUGGACUAUAUGAAUAAGAGCGAUGACUUCACCAACCUACUGGAGCAGGAACGAGAGAGGUUAAAGCGGUUGCUGAAACAAGAGAAAGCUUACCAAAUGCGAAAGGAAAAAGACUUUUCUAGGCGCAUGCGAAGAACAUCUGGCGAUCUUGUUAAACUGAAAUCCUUUGCCAUGAUGAUGGUUGAUGAGCGAGAACUUCACUUAGUGAAGAUUGACAAGCAGAGCCACAAAAUUGAAGACCUCCUUCAGAAACUCCAGGAAAAGGAGCAAAAACUCGAUGAAGCAGAGAGAAAGAAGAAGGAGGACAGCCAGAAAAUUUUGAAUCUUGAGGUUGAGCUAGAGCUCAGAACCUCCAAGUUCGCGAAAGAGAAAGAAGAAAUGUCUGCAAAACUGUCCUGUCUGGAAUCUCAACAUCAGCAGCUUGCCCACAAACAGAUGGAAUUGUCAUGCAAAAACAAGGAGCUUGAAGAAACCAAUAAUGUUCUUCAGAGAUCAGCAGAGGAGCUCCAAGAAUUGAGAAUGGAUGAGUGCGACAACUUAAAUCUGAUGGCAGAACUAGAGACGUUGCGCAAGCGCAUUCUUGAAAUGGAGGGCAAGGAUGAAGAGCUCACCAAAACUGAGAACAAGUGUGAUGAGUUGAAAAAGAAACUUCAUGUUGAGGAUACCCAUAAUAAGGAGCUGAGACUAGAGUUGGAAAGAAUGCAAGAGAGAAUGACAGAGUUGGAAAAACUAGAGAUGACCUUCGAUACGAGCAGGGCUGAAUAUUCCCAGCUGCAAGCAGCUUUAGAAAAAGAGAAAAUCCUGACGAAAGACUUGACGGACGAAUUAGUGAGCCUUAAAAUCCGCAUGAAGGAGCUUGAGUCAUCUGAGCUAAAACUGGAAAAGGACGAAUUGGAUUUAAAAGAAGAUCUCAUGAAACUCAAGUCGGUUACUGUAAUCAUGGUUAAUGAGCACAGGAACAUGGCAGACAGAAUUAGAUCUGAGGAUAAAAAGAAAGAGGAACUGAUGAAACUGCAUAAGACAGAGCAGGAAAAAGUAAUGGAGGUCACUGAGAGGCUUAUUGAGGAGAGCAAGAACCGCCUGAAAUUGAAAUCAGAGAUGGAGUUGGAGAUAACUGCCCUUGUCAAAGACAGAGAUGGGAUUAAGGACAAGCUUACCAAUGCUGAAGAGAAGUGCAAGGAUCUGCGAGCCAAGCUUGGUACGAUGAAGCACACUACUGAUGCAAUAAAUGAAGAAGAAAGGGAAUCGACUAAAAAAGCAGUACUUCAAAGUGUCCCGAAUGCAUUUGGAAAUGAUGACAAUAAAGUUAAAGAGCUGACUUUGGAGAUUGAACAGAUGAAGAACCGGCUCCAUCAUCUUGAAGCUCAUGAGGGAGAUCUUGUCAAAUCAGAGGAGGAGUGCGAAAUGUUGGAAAAGACAGAGCUAGAAAAGGCUAAACUCCUAUCACCACAAGUAAAUGAAAUUGGUAGCCAUGAGGAUGAGUUGCGACACUGGUUCAUAAUGGAGGAGACCAAAAACAGAGACCUUCAAGCGGACGUGCAAGCCUUAAAAGAUAAGAUUCUUGAGCUCAUGAACAAAGAAGAAGUGUUUUCACAGCUACAGGUGGACUACUCUAUGCUGCAACAAAGAUUCCUGGAGGAGGAGGACAAGAAAAAGAGCAUAAGCAAUGAAGUUUCAAACCUCACCAAAGAACUUGAGGUCACCAAGCGUUACAGUCGCACCCUGCAGACCUGCACCAAGGGAAGCAAAAUGAUGGAAGUUCCAACGACGUCUACCGGGGUUCAGACAGAUUGGAUCGAAAAGAAGACAGCUGAGAAUGACUCCCCUGCUGCGUUCAUCAAGAAGUCUGUUCAGGAAGAGAAUCGCAUCAUAAGCAGUCUUCAACAAAAGAGCUUAAAGAAGCCACAGCAGAGACCGACAGUGCGUGAACUCUAUCCUCCGACAGACCUUACCGUGAAGAAGUCCUGGAUUCCUUGGAUGAAGAAGAAAGACAGUAGUGUUUCUGAAAUAUCUUUGGGUACCGGUGAGGAGUCUGUACCUUGUGAAGUCAACAUGUCCAAAAGUGUCCAAGUGAUCCCAGACCUUCAGAACAGUGAGGCGACCCUACAAACUAGAAGUUCCUCUUCCGAUGACUCGAUUAAAAGAGCCACUGCCACGCAAACGCAAGCCUUUCAAAGACCUCAGACAACCAUCAUUCCUACAAAUGACAGAACCAAAGAACCAAAGAAUCCAGAGAGAGCUAGAUCCCCAGUGGCCAUCGCCACCAUCUCAAGAGUAAAGAGUCCAGGGACUCUGAGCUCUCCCUGUAUGGGCAGAUCUGUAUCACCUGUACCCAUAGCGUCCAACAACAGCUCCCCAGAGCCGGUGGAUAUGAUAACAGGCAGAGCCGUAUUUAAAGUGACUCCUGAGAAACGAAUGGUUCCCACACCGAUCAAGAGGUGCAGCUCACAUGCUAAUGUGGUGACAACAGAGGACAGUAAGAUUCACUCAGGAUCCCAGUUCAAAAAGUCCACAGAAAACCAUGGAUCAGUUGUCAUGCCCAAAUGUCUAACAUCUGAGAGUAAGGAAGCUUCUUCUGGAACUGGGCUGCGGUCAGCACACAGUGUUACUGUGAGCAAAUCGAUGUCCAAACUCACGAGCAGCCUCAGCAUCACGCAAGUCACAAAAGCACCAGCCAGACCGACACUCUCAGUGCAGCCUGUUCUGGAUUCCCCAUCAGCCCGAUCAGGGUUAACCCGUAUUCCUAUGUCUCGAGGAAUGAAAACUGGUAAAGCAGUGCUUGGAGCUCUUGGCAUCGGCACAGGUGUUAAAACGGAAACACAUGCGGAGAACCAGACCAUGAACACUGAUCUGAAAAAAACAACUUUAAGCAAUGGACCCAGUCAGGGUGGAGGGAAGGGUUGA